AAACAGUGACGGCUGUAAUGGCGUCUCGGCGCUCGCCUUUACAAGCAGCGAGCCGUUAGUGUCACAGCUGUGUAAAGACCAGCUGUCCAGAACGCCAUCUGCCCUGGACGCCGCCUGACACUGCUGCCAACUGGACCAUGAGCACAGGCCACACACCCCCCCAGGCCCAUCGGGCCUCGCGGCGCUGGCAGCGGUACAGGAAACCCGAGCAGCCACUGGAUGGAUACAAGUGGACCACAUCUGCUUGCCUGACAGGCAGCCCUGAGGGCAAAGGUCACAGCGUGGAGUCCCUUUACCAGCGGCUGCUGAGCUUCCAGAGGUUUAACCCCGCCCCAAAGCAGGAACCAUCCACUGAGACUGGGACCGACUCGCUGAGACGAAUUCUGCCCUACCUGCGCUCCCUGUCUGAACCCGGGACCGGGACUGGUGGUGGUCCAGAGAGGGUGGCGCUCAGGAAGGUGGGAUCUGACGCAGAACGCUCCGCCCUCUCCAUCGGCAGCCUCCUGACGUCGUUCUCCCGGAGGAUCAGCAGAGUCCUGGGGGACCCACCUGCACCUGGACCUGGACCCGGACCCGGACCCCACCUGGACGGGGGAGGGGCGUCUGAUGUGAAGGGUCCGCCUGCCCACCGCUUCUCCUGUGGUCAGAGUCCAUACGCCGACCACGCAGCGUGGGACCGACGCUUUUGCGUCCUCACCGACAGUCAGCUCAUCCUGGUCAACAGGGAUGACGAGGCUGCAGGUGACGUUCAGGAAAGUCCCACGGACUCGGCGAAGGGGCGGAGCCUCCGCAGGACAGUCAGCGUGCCAUCAGAGGGGCAGUUCCCUGAGUUUCAGACAGAGGGCGCCACCUUGAUGGAGGUGUCUUCAGAGCGGUCUCCGAGGAGGAGGAGUAUUUCUGGUCUGGGUUCAGAGAAGACCAUCAACCCUGUGGACAACCCAAACUCAUCACCCUUCAAAGUCCCGGGGUUCUUCAGUAAACGCCUCAAAGGGUCCAUCAAGAGAACCAAGAGUCAGACCAAACUGGACCGGAACACCAGCUUCAGACUGCCUUCACUGAGACCUGCAGAUCCAGACAGGUAUAUCUCCGGCCCCCUUCCCAAGCUGAAGGAGUCGAGCUCCCAUGAGUCUUUGCUGAGCCCCGGCAGCGCGGUGGAGGCUCUGGACCUGAGCAUGGAGGAGGACGUGUUCGUCAAACCUCUGCACAGCAGCAUCCUGGGACAGGAGUUCUGCUUCGAGGUGACGUACUCAGGUGGAAGUAAGUGUUUCAGCUGCACAUCGGCGUCGGAGAGAGACAAAUGGAUGGAGAACCUGAGGAGGACCAUUCAGCCCAACAAGGAUAACUGCCGGCGUGCGGAGAACCUGUUGCGACUGUGGAUCAUCGAAGCCAAAGAUCUACCGCCGAAGAAGAAGUACUUCUGCGAGCUGUGUCUGGAUGACGUCCUCUACGCCCGGACCACCAGUAAAACCCGCCACGACAGCCUGUUCUGGGGCGAGUACUUCGACUUCUGCAGCCUCCCGGCCGUGCGCAGCGUCACCGUGCACAUCUACCGUGACAUGGACAAGAAGAAGAAGAAGGACAAGAACAACUACGUGGGGCUGGUCAACAUCCCGGUGGCGGGCGUGACAGGUCGACAGUUCGUGGAGAAGUGGUACCCGGUCAGCACGCCCACCACCAGCAAGACCAAAGGGGGCGGUCCGUCGAUCCGCAUCAAGUCCCGCUUCCAGACAAUCUCCAUCCUGCCCAUGGAGCAGUACAAGGAGUUCGCAGAGUUCAUCACCAACAACUACACCAUGUUGUGUUCGGUGUUGGAGCCCGUCAUCAGCGUCCGCAACAAGGAGGAGAUGGCCUGUGCACUGGUGCACAUCCUGCAGAGCACCGGGAGGGCAAAGGACUUCCUGACGGACCUGGUCAUGUCGGAGGUGGACCGCUGUGCAGACCACGACGUCCUGAUCUUCAGGGAGAACACGCUGGCCACCAAAGCCAUAGAGGAGUAUCUGAAGCUGGUGGGACAGAAGUACCUGCAUGAUGCCCUGGGGGAGUUCAUCAGGGCUCUGUAUGAGUCGGAUGAGAACUGUGAGGUGGAUCCUAGUCGAUGCUCCAGCAGCGAUCUGAGCGAACAUCAGAGUAACCUGAAGAUGUGCUGCGAGCUGGCCUUCUGCAAGAUCAUUAACUCCUACUGUGUGUUUCCUCGGGAGCUGAAGGAGGUGUUUGCGUCGUGGAAGCAGCAGUGCGUGGCCCGUGGACACCAGCAGGACAUCAGUAAGCGUCUGAUCAGCGCCUCCCUGUUCCUGCGCUUCCUCUGCCCUGCCAUCAUGUCGCCGUCGCUCUUCAGCCUCAUGCAGGAGUAUCCGGACGACCGCACGUCCCGAACACUCACCCUCAUCGCCAAAGUCAUCCAGAACCUCGCCAACUUCACCAAGUUUGGGAAUAAGGAGGAGUACAUGGCCUUCAUGAACGACUUCCUGGAGCACGAGUGGGCGGGGAUGAUGCGUUUCCUGUCGGAGAUCUCUAAUCCGGAGACUCUGUCCAACACGCCGGGCUUUGAAGGUUACAUCGACCUGGGCCGGGAGCUGUCCGUCCUGCACGCUCUGCUCUGGGACGUGGUGUCGCAGCUGGACAAGGGUGAAAAUUCCUUCCUGCAGGCCACCGUAGCCACUGGGCCUCUGCCGAGGAUUCUGGGAGAUAUCUCUCGAUGUCUGGUUUCUCCAACGCCCGUCCAGCAGCAGCUGCGACGCCUCCAGGACCACAGCUCCGCCCACAACAUCAGUGGCAGCCUAUCAUCAGGGUUACAGCGAAUCUUUGAAGACCCCGGCGACAGUCACAGCGACGCCCGCAGUCUUCAGUCUCCAGUGGAGUUGAUGGAGGAAUAUGUUCGUGGUCAGCGCCCCCUGCUGGCGCAUCAGCAUCCAUCAGCCCACGCCAGCUUCUCAGACCCAGAGGACAGGGACGGCGUCCUGCCCAACGGCCGCAGCGUGUCUCUGGUCGACCUGCAGGACGCUCAGAGCCUCCACGGCCCGGUGCCACCGCACCAUGAGGCCCCGCCCCGCCUCAGCAGGGUGGGCUCCCAGGCCUCCAUCGGACAGGCCCCACCCACCUACCCCCACUCCACACCCCUUACCCCCCAGGCCAAAGCCCCAGGGGCUGCCAGGGACGGCCAACCGCAGAGCGCGCCGCAGGUGCGUCGGCCGCUGCAUCCGUCACUGAGCCAGCAGCGCAGCCUGCAGCCGCUGUCCUUCCAGAACCCCGUCUACCACCUCAGUAACCCUGCCCACUCCACGCACUCCACCCACUCGCUGCGUCACGACUCCAGCUCAGAGAACCUGAGCACAGAGAGCUCGCACAACAGCCACAGCAACUCGGACGACUUCGGCAGCCAAGUGGGGGUCAAAGGUCGCAUGGCGUCCAACAGCAGCCUGGACGAGCUGGGCAGUCGACGGAGCACACAGAGUGAGGAAUGUUCGACACCCCGCCGCCACGUCAUACCUGACCUGCCACCUGGCACCGCCACUGCGGUCGCUAUCCCCCGACAGAGCACGACAGCAGGCACCGCCCACAUAGUGAAGGUGGAGCAGCAGAGCAGAGGAGGCGGCGGAGCCCGGACGCCAAGGUCCCUCCCACACAGCGCUUCGCUCCGCAGCAGCAGUAGCGCAAACACUGAGCCGACACCCACGACAGGACCCACCCUCAAUCGCCAACAGUCCACCUGUUCUAUUGAAAACAUGGCUCCACCCCCGAGGGGUGCUACUAAGCAACCACAGCAGGUGGUGUCUCCAGUGGAGGCAGUCGCUGUGGCGAUGUCUCCAGUGGAGAGGACGGCGGCCUGGGUGCUGAACAACGGCCAAUAUGAGGAGGAGGAAGGAGAGAGGAGCAAAGAGGAGGGCAGGAAUGCCGAGAAGUAUGAGCUGGAGAUCUCGCGGCUGAAGGAGCGUCUGCGGGCGUCCGGGCGCCGUCUGGAGGAGUACGAGCGCCGUCUUGUGGCUCAGGAACAGCAGAUGCAGAAGCUGCUGCAUGAGUACAAGGCACGUCUGGAGGACAGCGAGGAGCGGCUGAGACGCCAACAGGAGGACAAGGACAACCAGAUGAAGAGCAUCAUCUGCAGGCUGAUGGCGGUGGAGGAGGAGCUAAAGAGGGACCACGCCGAGAUGCAGGCGGUGAUCGAAGCCAAACAGAAGAUCAUCGACGCUCAGGAGAAGCGGAUCGGCUCCCUGGACGCGGCGAACUCGCGGCUGAUGGCGGCGCUGACGCAGGUGAAGGAGCGUUACAACGCACCGAACCUGCGCAACGGCCUGUCACCGAGCAACCCCACCAAACUGUCCAUCACUGAGAACGGAGAGUUCAAGAACAGCAGCUGCUGAUAGGAGGCGGGGCUUACAGGGACUGACCCCGCCCACAGCUGCUCUUUGGACAAAUGAGAGGAUUGAAGAGAAUCUAUGAACACGCCUGUAAAUACUGACGUGUGUGAGCGUGUGGUCACAGAAGCACAGACGAAAAAACCAAAAACUCCAUGCAGUUUUCUAACUGACUUUUUUAUCGAUUUUAUUUCCAAUGUUUGUUUUGUUUGUUUGUUUUUUGAGAUGAGUUUGUUUUUUCCCAAAUGGAGCGAUUUUAACCAGACUUUGUCCUUUUGUGUUUUGGUUCAUGAUGUUUUAAUUUAUUGCUCCACUUCUUCCUGUUGCUGAUCUACUGAACGACUCCAGCCUGAUCAGGGUCAAAGGUCACUCACCUGUCUGCUGUCCCAUGUUGAGAAUAAAAGCUGCCUGUGA